UAACAUCUUGGGUGACGACUGCAGGUACCCGAUGCCCAGCCGCGGGUUGCCUUGCGGUUGUGGCCAUCCCAAAGGGGACUCGAUGUGGAAGUGUCUACUAUGUAGUAGGGACCCAAGCCGUUCGGCAUCCUGCACAGUAAACAGGACCCCAAGGCUAUCCGUCCGACAUCCGCGUGGUGUCGAUCAACCACUUAAGGCAGUCCAAAAGUCAUGAUCGGGCCUCUCGCCCUGAGACUCAUCGCCAGCGGCCCAGCGGCUGUGCUGCUUGUCCCGGGAGGAGGCCAGAGGACAGGGACUGGGGCGAAGCCGUGGGGAUGCCGCACAACGCAGCUCGACUGGCACAAGACGCAGCGGUGUCGGCAACGUCUUCUCUGAAAUCGUGGUACGUGAUUAUCCGGUAUACGGCCGAAAACUACAUGCCCUGUAGCUACAGCAAAGCCGGACCGUUCAACAGAUGGAACGGGUUGUUUGAGGGAGAAUCAAAUUGUCCGACAACCCCCCCAAAGAGAGAGAAGCGGAAUGGGA